AUGGACAGUUAUGACCAAGAUAAGGAACCUCAGUUCUACUAUCACUUGGAAUAUAGAAGUGGUCACUGGGCCAUCAACCCCGUGCCCAGUACAGCUGUGGAGAGGAAGAGAAACCAGAAUGUCAACAAACUUGUCUCUCUGCAGAGGGAGAGGUCUCUGGAGUCAGGCAACAUGACCAGAGUUCAGGAGUUUGUCUUGCUGGGUUUGUCCACCAGGCUAGACAUAAGGGAUGUUCUGCUUGCCAUCUUCCUGACCCUCUACCUGCUGACCCUCCUGGAGAACACGCUCAUCAUCUACCUUGUUUGCAGUCACAGCGAGCUCCACAAGCCCAUGUACUUCUUCCUGGGCAACCUCAGCUGCCUGGAGAUGUGCUACGUGUCAGUGACCAUGCCCAGCCUGCUCGUGGGGCUGAGGACUGGACCCUACCACAUCUCCUUCACAGCCUGCAUGACCCAGCUCUUCUUCUUUAUAGUCCUCAUCGGCACGGAGUGCACCCUCCUGGCCUCCAUGGCCUAUGACCGCUAUGUGGCCAUCUGCCACCCACUCCACUACCCACUGCUCAUGAGGCCCCAGGUCUGCCUGGGCUUGGCCAUGACUUCAUGGCUUGGGGGGCUGCUGGUCUCAGUGGUAAAGACAUCUUGCAUCGCCAGCCUUUCCUACUGUGGCCCCAACGUUCUCAACCACUUCUUCUGUGAUGUCUCCCCUCUGCUCAACCUGUCCUGCCCCCCUGUGGCCCUGACUGAGCUGGUGGACUUCAUCUCUGCCAUCGUCAUCUUCUGUGGAACACUGUUGGGAGCCCUGGCCUCCUACUCAGCCAUCGGGGUGGCCGUGCUCCACAUGCCCUCAGCCGCGGCCCGGCGCAAGGCCUUUUCCACCUGCGCCUCCCACCUGGUGGUGGUGGGCAUCUUCUACUCAGCAGCCCUCUUCAUCUACUGCCGCCCCAGCCGCAUCAGACCCAUGGACCUCAGCAAGGUGCUGUCAGUCAUCUACACGGUGCUCACGCCCAUGUGCAACCCCAUCAUCUACUGCCUGCGGAACAGGGAGGUCCACGUGGUGCUUCGGAAAACUCUCCACUGGCCUUGA